UGCGACAAUUCUGCUGUUUAGACCCUGACAUUAGAGUUUAUAGUACCGACAAAUAUGUCGGCCUCUGGGAAUCUCUUGGCCACCAAUAGUAUGGGCAUAUGAGAAGACCGCAUCUUUUUGGUUAUUAAUAUUCAACGUUUUUUCUUCUCUUUAACUUCCGUAUUAGUGGAGCGUCCUGCAAGACAUGGGGCGAGCUAUUUUAAAGAAGUAACGUUACAAGAAAAGAAAAGCGUCCACCCCUAGCUUAACAGUUACCGUUAGUGAAGCUAGCUGCGCCUAGUAACAUAACGUCGGACGUGUUCGUGUCAGGCUAACUAGCCAAACGUUUACGUUAACGUGUUCCGUACUAGCUGGCCGCUGGGUUAGCGAGCCACCACAGCGAAACCCGCACAGCUUUCUGGCACCGCUGAAUGAGUUGUACGGACACUAAUGGGCGUAACGUUAAGGAGCUGUCCCUGCUGCUGCUGAUUAUCCCGAGAAGAAACAGCAGAACUAGGACUGGCACGUCCGAUUCCCCUUUUGUGGACCCAGGAGGAGCGCAACACCCCUUAUCACAGGUGCAUCUUGACCAACCAUCGGACUGGAUUCACUUCUUUUUCUGACCCAGGACUAACUGUUGAGGUUGAUAUUCAACACAGCCACCUCUGUGUUUUAUCCAUAUAUACGAAGCGAUCCAAAUGAUCAACCCAGGAGGCCGCUGAUCAGCACUGAAUUCUGCUUUCGAGGUUGGAGAAGGAUACUUCAAACCUGAAACACCUCAAGUUACCAAUGGCCCCAGAAAUCUAUGGCUUCCACUCUUAAAAGCCACCAUUUUUCACAUUUUUGUUGAGGUCCUUUUUAGGACGUUGCUGUGAAGAGGCUGUAUCCUCCAAGAGAUUGCUGUGGGAGGGUUUUAUCCAAGCUUCAGAGGUCUCUACUGGGGAAGGAAGCAGAGGAAAGACCCUGGAAGUCCCUUGAGAAGAGGGCACACUUGAAAACGGACCGUAGCUGGAAAGCUGACGGUUACAUAACUAACAGGCACAGCCGUCCACUAACACAGUGGAACAAGAAAACUGGGGGGGCUGAGUUGUUCGAUGUUGCCAGUGCUGGCUGAUAUGUUUUGGAAAGAACCACAACAUCACCUCCUGCCUUUUGUCUUCCAAUCACAUCCCUCGUGCAGCCAGCAGCUGCGGAACAGACCCACCCACCACUACACAAAGGAAGUGAUGCCAGGUGGCAGCAGUAAGAGUGGAAUGCGGGGUCCAUCCUCGACACCCCUGCCCCAUACCGUGGUCCCGGCCACCAAACCCCUGAGACCCUCCCGCUACGUCCCAGUGUCGGCAGCCACUUUCUUCCUCGUUGGCUCCACCACGCUCUUUUUCUGCUUCACGUGUCCGUGGCUCUCUGAGUGUUUCUCAGUAGCUGUGCCCAUCUACAAUGGAGUCAUCUUCCUGUUUGUUCUGGCUAACUUCUCCAUGGCCACGUUCAUGGACCCAGGCAUCUUCCCGAGAGCUGAGGAGGACGAGGACAAAGAGGAUGAUUUCCGUGCUCCCCUCUACAAGACUGUGGAGAUCAGAGGGAUCCAGGUCAGGAUGAAGUGGUGUUCAACCUGCCGCUUCUACAGGCCGCCACGGUGCUCGCACUGCUCCGUCUGUGACAACUGUGUCGAGGACUUCGACCACCACUGUCCUUGGGUAAACAACUGCAUCGGCAGGAGGAACUACCGCUACUUCUUCCUCUUCCUUCUGUCUCUGACCGCUCACAUCAUGGCAGUGUUUGGCUUUGGCCUGCUCUUUAUCCUCUACCAUCGGCAGAACGUCGACCGCCUGCACGCCAUCGUCACGCUGGCUGUGAUGUGUGUUGCAGGCCUGUUCUUCAUCCCUGUUGCUGGUCUCACUGGUUUCCACUUAGUGCUUGUGGCCAGAGGCAGGACUACCAAUGAACAGGUAACAGGGAAGUUCAGAGGGGGCGUUAACCCCUUCACCAAUGGCUGUUGGAAAAACGUCUCUCAUGUCCUCUGCAGCUCACAGGCACCCAGGUAUCUGGGCAGAAAGAAGUGUGUGCAGAGUGUGUGUGUGCAGCCUCCUUUUCUGCGGCCACAGCUGACAGAAGCCCAGUUGGCUGCAAAGAUCCUGGACAACGGCAUACAGGGAGACCUGCACCGGUCUAAGUCCAGUCUGGAGAUGAUGGAGAGCCAGUCCUGUGACGCUGAGCCUCCUCCUCCUCCUAAACCAGAGCUUCGCUAUCCUGGAAUCACCAGAGGAAACACAGAGGAGUGCAGUCUACUGAACAAAGCCCCUCCCACCCCCACCAUGUACAAAUACAGGCCCAGCUACAGCCCCGGCAAGAACCACACAGCGCUCACACACGCUUAUGCCAACCAGUUAAGUCGAGGUGAAAGUGUUGGCAGUGCCAGGGACUCUUCCUCCUCCACCUCCUCCCUCCUUCAGGCCAGCCAGCAGCCUGGUUUCCACUCCCAGCCAAGCCUGGACCGCAGGGAUGCUCCACCUGACCGAGUGGGAGUAGGAGGAGGUGGGGAGAGGAGGGAGGGCAGAAGAGAGGUGGGGGCAGGGGGCAUCCCUGGCUACUCCCUGGGUGGAUGCUCGUACCCCUCCUUUUCCGACCCCACGGUCCUAUCAGGAGUGGCCCCGCGGUCAACCAGCUCCACGCACACCUCAGCAGGCGCCAUCCACAUCUCGGAGGCCACCACCACCUCGGCAAGCUUCAAGAGCUUGGCCAAUCGAACACCCCCGCCCCACCACCCUUCCCGCAACGGGAGCCUGUCAUAUGACAGCUUACUGGCAGGUGGUGAUGAUUUCGACAAAGGGAUGGUGAUGGGUUCAGCAGGCCCUGAGGUUUCCUCUGGGAGACCCUGCACUCCAGCAGCAGGCGGCUACAACUCCGCCUUCAUGUCAUCCCAACAGAGAGAUGCUGAGAUACACUCCCAGUCCGCCCAGUCGCCUCAUCACUACCACCGCUCCUCUCACCACCACCACUCCUUCCUCCAUCGCUCCUCUUCCUCCACGUCCUCCUCCCCGCCGCCGCCUCCAGAGAGGGAGCGCCUGCUGGGCGAGCUCCACCCGGGCUCUCACCCACUGCCCGCCAACCAUUCCUCGGCUCCCCCAUCCUCUUCUGUCCCGCCUCCCCCACAUCACCAUCACCACCACCACCACCACCACGGCCAUCAUCACCACCACCAUUCCUCCUCCUCUUCUUCUACGUCCCGCCAUCCCCGCUUCACUGCCCCUCAUGCACCACCCCAUCACGCUUAUCCUUAUCGCACCCGCUCCACUGACAACCCUCUGGGAUCCUCCUCCACCUCCACGACCCACCCUCCCCGCUCCCCGCACCCUCCACCUCUGGGCAAGUCGCUUUCUUACUCGAGUGCCGCUGCUGCCGAAAUGCAGUACCGGCUGGUCCGAAAGGCCUCUGCGUCAGCCGGAGCAAAUGCGGCGGGGGUAGGAGGUGGUGGAGGAAUGGGAGGAGGAGGAAUACAAGCGCCAAAGGAUGAGCUGAUCCAGAUGAAACCUCCAAGUCGGACCAACGGCGGCCAGCUCUUCUUCUCCUCCUGCUCCGCCCCUUCCUCUCCCUCUCACCCAGUUGGCGUGUCCGCCCGGCCCGGAGGGGCCUAUCCCAGCUCGCCAUUAACGCAAAGUCCCGCCCACAAUCCUCAGGGUGGCGGGGUGAAGAAGGUGACUGGCGUCGGGGGCACUACCUAUGAGAUUUCUGUCUGAGUGUCAUCCAGCCUCCCGCUUGACGACCAAUGAGACGUAGAGGAGAUAUUGCUGACUCCUUCUGCCAGUGAGGGAGAGAUUUAAGACACCACACAACUGGCCAACUGUAGACCUGGACAUCUGAGGACCUUCUGAACCAUGUUGUCCAGAUCUCAAUCAUCGUUGGCUGCUUGACUGUAGAGCUACACUGCUGGACUGUCCUGCCUCUAGACAUCCACCUCAGUAACUUGUACUGAAUGAUGUCAGUCAGGACUACCUGGCACUGGGUCAUAAGAGUCUGUUUUCUGGGAUCUCACUGGACCAAACGGGACCCACAAUGUAGGUUUUAUUCUCACUGUAGCUCAGUAGGUAGCACGAGGCACCAGCAGUGUGGGUGUUGCAUCGUACAAGAAUCACAGCGCAAGGCAUUACCACUGCCAGGGUGAGGAGUUCGAUCCCCACUGGGGCCCAAGUGAGCUCUGGAUCAGCUGGGAGUCCAAUCAACACUUUUGGACUGAAGCCGCAUGUGGGUAGAAAUUGGUGCCGAUGUUUUAAUAUUUCACAAUUUUUCCGCUCACAUUUGGAACGCCAUUGAACACAAACGCCCCAGGAGGAUUCAAACAGUGUGUGGCACCCGGUCCUAAUCCAUUUAAAGUUAAGGGCUCCCCCAUAGACUUAGUGUAGACUACAUGUGUGAUUAGCUAGUUCUUAUUACCAGUUAUGGCCCCAGUUAAACCCUACUUUUAAUAACAGCAUCCACCAAAUGGAGCAAUUUCAUUGGACCAUGUAGUCAGUGAUGCAGCCCAGGCAGAGUCCCUGAAACCUCUAGUCGCUCUCCUCGAGGCCGACGCCUCCUUUCCACAGGACAGGAGGUGGUGGGAUCUCUUCUGCAUUAUGACGAUCUAGUAGUGGCUGGAAGGAACGCCACACAUUAACUUUUCCAUCCAUGUUGAGGCGUGAGUUGAUUUGCCUUUUGAUGCAGGGAGAUGAUGAAGAUGAGGAGGAGGAGGAUCAAGUGUCACAAAGGUGAUUCCCUGUUUCUUUUGUCCCUAUGUUGAUUUAUUCCCUCUAGAUGUGAAUAUGAUUCCAUGUUUGUACAGAAUGAUGUGAUUUUAAAUGUGGAUUUGCUUUUUACGGCCGUUCUGACUGCAGCAUGCACUACUACUACUGGCCACUAUAGGCCCGGUGGUCUGUUUGAACCAAUGGGAUGGGAGGGAAUCCUGUGGAAGCCUUUUGUUGUCAAAGGGUCCUUAAGGAUCUCCAGAACAUUCAUUCCUCGAGCAAUUGCCUUGAAAAUAAAGUUGUUGUUUUUUAUGUCUCCUA